AAUUAAUGGAUAGUUUCUGCUUUGGCUUUUCUUGGAGAUAUUCUUUUUACUACUGGUUUGAUUUGUUUGAUUGGCCUUGUGGGUCAGGGAAGCAUUGAAGUGGUGGAGGAUCAAUAAACAAGACUUGUUUUUAACUUCGUGACGACAGGGACAAGAGUCUUUAAAUCAUGCAGACUCCAAAAGCAAGAAAUGGAUCUUCUGAAGUGCCACAAAGGGUCUCUCCUCGGGCCGUUCGUCAAGUCAAGCCAACCACUCUAGAGACUGAAGCUGUAUCUACUUCAAAUCCAGCUAGUAGAACUUCAAAAGAGAAAAGCCCCAAAGUUGUUGAGCGCCGUUCAACUAGAAGCCCAGUCUCUGAGAAUAAGCGCCCAAGCAGAAUAUCUGAAUUGGAGGUACAUAUUUCUCAACUUCAAGAAGAACUACAUAAGGUAAAGGAUCAGCUAAGUUUGUCUGAAUCAUGCAAGAAGCAAGCUCAGAAAGAUGUCGAGGAGUCCAAGAAGCAACUGUUGGCCAUGUCUGCAAAGCUCGAAGAGUCCCAAAAGCAGCUUCUUGAGCUGUCUGCUUCUGAAGGAACUCGUGUUAUUGAGCUCCAAAAGAUCUCACAAGAACGGGAUCAAGCAUGGCAAUCAGAGGUUGAAGCUAUCCAGAAGCAGCAGUCUCUCGACUCAGCUGCUCUGGCCUCUGCCAUGAAUGAGGUUCAGCAACUUAAGGAUCAGCUUGAAAUGGUGGUGGAAUCUGAGGCUGCACAGACCAAGCAAGCUGAAUCAGCACAUUUGGAGCUCCAGAGCUUGAAAGGAAACCUGGUAGAAACACUUUCUCUUGUAGCGAACAUGAAAAACCAGCUAAAGGAUAGCCAAGAAUCAGAAGCUCAGGCCCAAGCAUUGGCUAGUGAAACUCUGCUACAACUAGAAGCUGCAAAAAAGACUGUUGAAGCACUUAGGUCGGAAGGCAUGAAGGCUGUUGAAGCUUACAACUCCAUUGCUUCAGACUUAGACCAGUCAAGGGAACGUGCUUAUUCACUGGAAGGACUUGUUAACAAACUUAAGGCUGGGUUAACUGAUGCUAGUGGCAUCCACUCUCCAGAUUCUGAUGGUGAUCGUAUUAUUGUUAAGCAUCAAGCUGGAGAAAGUGAGAAACCUGAGGAAUCUCACCAGCUUGAAGUGGAGAUUUCUUCUUUGAAGUCUGAAGUGGCUCGGUUAAGAUCUGCUCUUGAAACUGCUGAGAUUAAAUGCUAUGAAGAACAAAUCCAAAGCACUGUACAGAUAAAGAGUGUUCAUGAUCUGGUGGAGCAGAUAAAAUCUGAAGCAAGCUCGAGAGAGGCUGAGCUGUCAGCUGAGCUAGAGAAAGCAAACUUUGAUAUUGCUGACUUGAAGGCAAAUCUGAUGGAUAAGGAAACUGAGUUGCAGUGUAUUUCAGAGGAAAAUGAAGAGCUUCAAAUGAAGCUUGAGAAAAACCUGUCAUGCCAGAGAGAAUCAGAACUUGAAAAAGAACUAAAGGUAUUGAAGGAAGCUGUCGUUGAUCUGAAGGCAAAUAUGAUGGAUAAGGAGACAGAACUUCAAAAUAUAUCAGAGGAGAAUGAGAUGCUCAGGUUGGAAAUCAGUAAAAGGGAAAUGAACAAAGGUAAAACAAAUGCUAAGGUGGCUGCUGAGCUAGAGGUGGCAAGGGCUGCAGAGCGAGAAGCUAUUAUGAAGCUUGGGCUUGCAGUGGAGGAGGCAGAUAAGAAUAACAGGAGAGCUGCCAGGGUGGCUGAACAGCUUGAGGCUGCACAGACUGCCAAUUCAGAAAGGGAGGCAGAGUUGAGAAGAUUAAAGGUGCAAACUGACCAGUGGCGCAAGGCUGCAGAAGCAGCUGCUGCAAUGCUUUCAGCAGGUAAUAAUGGGAAGUUCAUAGAGAGAACUGGUUCAUUGGAUAGCAAUUAUAAUCCAGUUACAGGAAAGGUUAGCUCACCUUAUGCUGAAGAUAUGGAUGAUGAUUUGCUGAAGAAGAAAAAUGGGAACAUGCUAAAGAAGAUUGGGGUCUUGUGGAAGAAGCCACAGAAAUAGAACAACACCACGAGAUACUUUCUGGUACGGUGAUCAGCCAAGUCUUUGCUGUGAAACUCACAAUGAGCACUAUUUGGAAGUUUCAUAGUUAUAUUAUGAUGAUGGAAGAACACUGGUGAUAGCAUAUUUUCUUUCUUUUCUUUUUCUUUUCCUCGGAUAUGUAAAAUGUGGGUGUCGUCACCUUGUGCUUAAAGGAUCAAACUUUUACCUCUUGACAAUGCGAGUUGUGGUGGUUUUGACUUGGAUUCCAUAGUUAUUCUGUUAAGCUGCUUGCUUAAUAUGGCCAUCAUUCAUCAUUUGCUAAGUGCUAAUAUGAAUCAUCAGUUUUUUUUACCUUGGUACUCUCCUUCCAUUCCAUGAGGUAAUGAUAUGCGGUAAGUUAUAGUGGCACACACU